GGCGUUUCUUAAAACAAUAAAGUCAAUAUUUUGCUCAAUAUGCUCAACGUUUCUAUAUCACUCGUUCAAUGAAUUUGAAAUGUUAAAUAGUACCAGUUUGGAAAAAGUAAAUAGCUGUUCACACGUCACAACUGCAUCUAUCACAUGUAAUGGUUCAGGAGCUUCUUCUGUAGUAAAAAAAAGAUUUAAGGGGAAUAAAAGAAAUAUAUUCUCCGAGCGGUAUCACAUCUCUAUUAAGCCGAAACUCCAGAAGAGCAGUUCUUUAUCUGAUCUAACUCCGAAUGUAAGCGAUUUUUCACUUGACUUUCUACAAAAAGCCCGAAACUUUUAUUCGAAUGAAAGGAACUUGAACAACCGUAUUUUUGAUACGUCAGGAGAUACGGUUGAAAAAUAUUGGUCAGCAAAUAAAAAAUCAAAAAAGAAGUUUAACAUGUCACCGGAUCAUUAUGCUUCAAAAUUUGCAAAUGAGUACAUUCAUAAAUAUAAAAUUGAUGCUAAUAUUUCGUCAUGUGCUGACACAUCAAGUACGGACGAAUUUAAUACUCACAAUAUGGCUACAUUUCCUUUUAAACCAACUCCCAGUGGUAACUUGAAAGUGCAAUCGAACCAGGUAGUGUUUCAGUCGUCUACAGUCGGUGUACUUUUAGCUGAUCCUACCCAAGCUAAAGUCAAAGUUAAAUUCGAAGGAAAAGCUGCUGGAGAACCGGAUGACAUAAAAAAAUGUGAUACAAGUAAUGAUUCUGAGCCUCAACUCCAAUAUGGUCCUCGAGAAGCGAAAAGGAAUAUUCAAAACAAAUCAACGGUUGAUAAGAUUGCAAAAGUAAAGCCUGUCUCAACACAAGAAGAUAAAGGAAUAUAUUUGAACAGUCUCGGAUAUGACAUAACGGAACCAAUAGACUGGAUGCGUAUACAACUUCCAAAGAAGCAAGAUAUUUUCAAGGAAUUUUACAAAAGAAUACAUAAUUUUAUAAAUACAGAUACGAUCGUGCAUAUUGGUGACGACGAGUUUCAUUGUCACCUCAUAGUGCUUCAGAUAUAUUCCUCCUAUUUUAAUAUGAAUGUCCAGCGUGAAAUAGAUUUAUCAUCUGCCGGUAUUACACCGGAAACGUUUCAUACAAUAUAUGAAUGGAUGUUAUUCAGCGGAACGGAAAGCAAUAAAAUACUAAAAAGAGAUAACGUUUUGGAUUUAUUUUGCGCUGCGCAAUACUUGGAAAUCAAAGAUUUGGAAGAUCAAUGUUGGUCGUUAAUUUUAAACGAAAAUCUCUUUAACGAAGAUACGGCUUUCACAUUAUACAGAGAAGCCAGGUUAAAAAAAAUGACAGCCGUGAUGGAUUUAAUGGUGCCCAGGAUAAUGCGGUUCUUUUUACCGCUGGUAGCUUCUAAUGAUUUUCUUCAACUAGACCCUGAGGAAAUAAUAACAUUUCUCAAAUCGAAUUACAUUUGUGUAACGAGCGAAAUAGAAGUUUUAAUGGCUGGAGUACGUUGGUUAAAAGCGAACUGGUCAAAUCGUAGACCCUUUGUCGUGGACGUAAUGAGAUGUGUACGUUUCGGCCUCAUAUCGCCCUGGCAACUGGUUGAUAUCAAGAGGAACCCCGAGAACAAUGAGAUCCUCGAAAUCGUAAACACGCCUGAAGUACAACAGAUGGUGGAUGACGGGCUUGCGUAUGUUAUCAUUAAGUAUUGGUACGGCAAUAAUUCAAAGAAUUAUUACCAUUGGAUCGACGUGUUGGACCUAACGGAGCCAGCGGAGAGGAACUGGAUAGGUGAAGAAAAGAACCACAUAACGUACAAGGAUUUUCUCAAAUAUCUUGACCAGUUCCUGGUACCAAAGGAGCAGAUGUACCAACAAAUGUCGAUGAUGCAACCGCCGAGACGUAACGACGAUGUUCCCGGCAAUUUGCGCGGAAUGGAUCCAGAUAAAAUGGACUUGAGAAGAGCAAAAAUUGACUUUCCUUUGCCGGCAGCUUUAAAGGGAUUGACGAACGAUAAAGAUAAAUUCCCAACGAUGUGUGAUUUUUUUGAAAAUAACAGGAAGGCUAAGGAAAAUGGUCAACAUCACUCGCCGAGUCGAUCUCCCCCACUAAUGGAAAAUGGGAUGCGAAGUGCAUUACAAGACACUGGAAAGAGUCCGAACUUGGAAAAAAAUAAAAAAAACGAAGAGGAACAGAAAAUUAUUUUACAAACACCGACACAAAAGGAGUGCUGUAAAAACAUACGUCAAAUACAUUUGUGUAAACCAAAGCUGGAGCGCAUGGCCUUUUCAUCACCAAUAAACGAUCCACCUGAAAAAGAUUCAGCAGAAGAGCUGAAUACUGUAAGUGAAAGCAGCAGCGAUGUUGUUGGAACCAGUACUACGGAAAAUAAUCGAUAUGCAAGCAGGCAUAACGAGAGGAGGCAUAGUGUAGCAGCCAAUUAUUUAGCUGAAGCGACUGCUGCUUUUACAUCUAGAAGAGAAAAAACGAGUCAUACACAUCCUCAAGCAACCGAUGUUUCUCGUCUGGAUCAAACACAAGCUGCCACGUCAUCGGAUAAUAAAAUUUUCAGUCCACCAAUUUCUAUGUUCAACCUGUCAAAAGAAUCUCUCGCAAGAAUCAACAUGAAUAAGCUAUCAACAUCAAAUCUCGGACCAUCGAAUAAGAAUUAUCUCGCGGAAGGCUCACUCUUUAACUGGGACAGAGAAACUGUAUUGGUUUUCGGCGGUAUUGAUCCCCAUACCUCGUAUGGAAUAGCGAGAAAUACGGGCAAAGAUAUCUUUAGAUUUGAUCCCGUUAUAAACUCUUGGGAUUUGGUCGGAGAACUUCCAGAACCAAGACAUCACCAUUCAGUUGCUUUCUUACGUGGAAGGGUAUUUCUUGUAGGCGGCGCAGAUCCUCGUGAAGACGAUUUACGCGGUAAGUCUGUAGUGGUAUCAACGGUUUGGAGCUUUGAGCCAGUGACUCGGUCCUGGUACAGUGAAUCAGGACUUGCGAUACCUCGCAAGAACUUCGGACUCGUAGUGCAUCGGAUGGCUCUUUAUGCAAUUGGAGGGCAGGAUAAAGAAGACAGAGUACUUCGAUCAGUGGAACGUUUUGACCCAAAAACUGGAUCAUGGAGUGAAGUGCGGGCGAUGGGCACAGCUAGAACGGCAGCUGCAGUCGCCAAGUAUCGUGAUUAUAUAUGGGUAGCCGGAGGCAUGACUGGUAAAAAACGCCAUCCUGUUUCCGCCAGCGUCGAGUGUUACAAUUCCAAAACUAAUCAGUGGACAGAGAUACAUUGUUUACGAUUUCCCAGAUGUUUUGCCACAUUAUUUUCUAUGAAUGACAAAUUAUAUAUCAUUGGUGGAGCUGGCAAGAUCUCUAGCAAGGAUAAAACAGCUAGUAGUGUUGGAGCUAUUGAUGUGUGGCAAUGGAAAGAGCGUCAGUGGAAAUUGGAGACUGAAAUGUCCAUACCGCGGCACGGACACGCUCUCGCGUACCUCGGAACACAGCUUAUCAUUAUCGGUGGUGUAACAACUAUCUACAUGCGAGCUCUGAGUAAUGUCGAGUCGUUCUGCUGCGAGCGCGGUGCCUGGAUACGUGGAGUUGCAAUGUUGCCUUCACCUCUAUCUGGACACGGAUCCGUUACGCUCCCACCUGCAUCGCUCAUGUGAUUUAUAAAGAAGAAAAUUACAAAUGUCAUAUGAAACAUUCGAAUUUAUUUUUUGAUAAAUUUCCAAGCUAUCAAAGAUUUCCGUCCGUAAAUUUAAACUCGUAAAUCUUUGAAUUUUUAAACUCAAUUUCCGAACGUGACGUGUUAAAAAAACCUUAUUAUUAAGUGUAUUUUUUAUGCUUCUUAGAAACAGUAGUAAAAACUAAAUACGUAAAAAAGCGGUGUUGUUUCUGAGAUGGUUCGUUAACGAUAUUUACAGAACAAAUAGCAUGAAUAAUGUCAAAAGUCGUUUUCCGCUUAUAUUUUCCAAGUAUUUAUGGUUUUUUACAACUGUAGUUAUUACUAUUCCUUGUAUAAAAGAACAUUAGGUACUUUAUGUGGUUAUUAGACAUAGCUAUUGAAGUACAAGAAAAUAAUUUAUAAAUUAA